CAACGUUGUACCCGAGCCUAAGCGGCCCCACCCGGAGGUGGGAGCCCACGGUGCCCCACAUGUUCGGACCCGACCCCGCAUGGAAAUGCAGCGGCUGCUUGCUGCGGAGUGUGCUCCACACGAGUCCGGCGCAACUUUCCCAUCACCGAGCACUUCUCAUAUCCAGGCCCGGAGGGUCCGACAGUGUACAGCACAGUCAGGCCCUAUCUUAGAUAGCGCACUUACAAAUACCUUACCCUAUCUGCUCACCUUCACUGGCCACCCCGCUAUCAUGCACCACCACCUAGCAACCCACGAGCAGCCCAGCUAAACACAGACCUUGAAACCCACCUAGAUUCCGGCCCUCAUCCACCACCAAACUUCCCUCUCACACACUUUCCGUUUCUGCAACCCCAGAAACCAUGACCGCCGAAACAACAACAACAACCCCCUCCCCCUCCCCCGACCCGCACCCGCACCUCACCGCCCUCCGCCGCGACGGCUUCGUGAUCGUGCGCUCGCUGCUGACGCCCGCCGAGCUGGCAGACCUGCGCGCCGCCGCGGGGCGCCUGACCGCCGCCGCGCGCGCGGGCGCCUGGCCGUAUGUGCGCACCGUCGGCAAGCAGUUCCCGCCGUGGGACGGCUCGCUGGUGCCUUCGCGCGCGGGCAUCUGGGGCGUGCAGCACCUCCUGCAUCCGGACCUGCCGGUGCAGGAAGAGGGAGAUCGGGGAGUGUUUGUGCGCGCGUAUUUCCAUGCUGGUGUGCUGCGCGUGGCGAGGGAGUUGCUUUCGCUUUCGGAUGCCGAGGGCGAGGGCGAGGGCGAAGGGGGUGAUGGGGAUGGUGAGGGGGAUGAUGGCGAUGGCUUGACGAUGGAGCUGUUCAACAUGCUGGUGCGGCCGGACGGCGGGCGGGGGUUCGCGCUGCGCUGGCACCGCGACGACAUCCCCGCCACCGCGACCGCCGAGGAGGAGGCCGCGCGGCUGAAGAAGCCCGGCGAGCCGUACGUGCACACGCAGUGGAACCUGCCGCUGUAUGACGACGACAGCUUGAUCGUCGUGCCCGGCAGCCACGCGCGCCCGCGCACCGACGCCGAGAGGGCCGCCGAUCCGUACGCCGACCCGCUGGAGGGGCAGGUCACUGUGCGGCUGAACGCCGGGGACUGCGUGUUUUACGAUAACAAUAUCCUGCACCGCGGGGUGUAUGACGCCGAGAAGGAGAGGAUGACGCUGCAUGGGUCGGUCGGGCAUGUGAACGGGAGUCGAGAGCGGGCGCGGAACGUGCUGCAGCACGGCGUCGCCGAGUGGGUUGACCGCUGCGACUUCUCGGUGCUGGGUGAGGGGAAGAAGAGGCGGAUGGCGGAAGCGAUGCGCAGGAGGCUGAUCGAGCUGGGCAGGGAGAACCAGGGGCGGGAUGUUGGGUAUUCGCUGGAGGGGUAGCAAAGUCGUCUCUAUUUGUCAUGGAGAGUGGUCGGUCGGUAUGCGACAGGAAAUCCGCACACACCUCCCUCGUA